AUGGCGGCGACACUGGAUAUGAUCUACUCGGCUACCUACAGCAGUGUCCCGGUGUACGAGCUCAAGAUCGACGGUGAUAGUGUGAUGAGACGAAGGGGAGACGAUUGGAUCAAUGCGACACAUAUUCUGAAGGCGGCCGGGUUUGACAAGCCUGCAAGAACUCGAAUUUUGGAACGAGAAGUCCAAAAGGGAGUUCAUGAGAAAGUACAAGGCGGUUAUGGCAAAUAUCAGGGAACAUGGAUCCCUCUCCCCGAGGGCCGCCAACUUGCAGAGCGUAACAAUAUCUUCGUGAAGAUUGCCCCCAUCUUCGACUAUGUGGCUGGAGAUCGCAGCCCGCCCCCAGCCCCGAAACACACUUCAGCUCCAUCAAAGCCAAGGGCACCGCGCAAAUCCACCAAUCGAUCUGCAGCAACCGAAGUAUUCAAUGUGGUUCAACCCAACCGCAACAUGGGCCCACCGACCCUGCCUCAGGACCAUCAGCAAUAUGAGAUAAACAACCAAUUCGAUGACAACGAGUCUAUUGAGCAAGCGAGUAUGGAAACCUCCUCCAUGAUUGCGGAUGAAGACAUGCUGCAAAUGUCUCAACAUGGUGGACGGAAGCGCAAGCGUGGAAUGAACGAGGCAGCAGUUAUGUCCAUCAGUGAGCAAGAGCAUAUCAUCUACGGUGACCAGCUCCUCGACUAUUUUAUGACUGUGGGCGAUGCUCCCCAGGCUACAAGAAUUCACCCUCCAAAGCCCCCCGAUAACUUUCAAGUCGAUCGUGCCAUUGAUGACUCUGGAAAUACGGCACUCCACUGGGCUUGUUCAAUGGGCGAUUUAGAUAUUGUGCAAGACCUACUUCGACGAGGUUCCGAUAUUAAGGCAUUGUCGAUUCACGAAGAGACGCCUCUUGUUCGGGCCGUCUUGUUCACAAAUAACUAUGAAAAGCGCACAUUCCCGGCUCUACUAGACUUCUUGCUUGACACAAUUUCAUUCCGUGAUUGGUUUGGUGCGACGCUUUUCCACCAUAUAUCCGAAACGACCCGGAGCAAAGGCAAGUGGAAGAGUUCCAGAUAUUAUUGUGAAGUCCUGUUGGACAAACUGUGCAAAACUUGUUCACAGGACGAGAUCGAACUGCUGCUAUCAUGCCAAGAUGACAACGGCGAUACAGCGGCCCUUGUGGCCUCCCGCAAUGGCGCAUUUCGUCUCGUGGAUAUGCUCCUCACACACUGCCCUCGAGCUGGUGACUUGAUGAAUAAAAAGGGAGAAACGACCAAUAGCAUCACCCAACGCUCUCGCCAUAAUGAACAUGAUAUUCCCCCUGCCCCGUCAUCGGUGACAAUGAUGAAUGACCAAUUGGAUGGGCCCGGAGCGGACCUCUUGAACUCGGACCAUAAUACCAUUGUGCCUCCCGUGGAUUCUGGCGUCACCUCCGAGCUGCUCACGAAGAUAAGCACCAUCAUGUCAGAGGCAAACAAGAAGCUCGCUGUGACCUACGGCAAUUCCAAAAUUAAUCAACAAGACUCAAAUGACAUUGCGAAUCCCGAGGCACUUUUUGAGCAGCUCGAAUCCGAUCGUCAGAAGAUACAGCGGCAACUGGCUGCGAUGACCGCAAAGGAGGCCGAGUAUGAACCCAGCGACCACCAACUUGGAAGAUAUGAGAAGUUGCGGGCUAGCUACGAGUCAUUACUUGAGCAGACACAGCAUGCUCGUCUGAUACAGCAAUUGCACACCAGCGCUCCACCCGACAUGCCACAGUCGGAUCCCUCUGCGCUGACCUCGGAGGAGCUUUUGGCUCGGUAUCGGCUUGCACGCGAGUUGUGCGCCGCGCAAAAGACGCGCCGGGGCACGGUCAAAGAUCUCGCCCAGCAAACAGCGGACGCGGGUGUAAGUACCAAGUUUGAUGUGCACCGUAAGCUGGUGGCCCUCGCCACCGGACUCAAGGAAGAGGAGCUGGACCCAAUGGCAGCUGAAUUAGCGGAGACUCUUGAGUUUGAUCGCAUGAAUGGCAAGGGAAUAUCACCCGAGCCCGAGCACCGACGGUUGCCCUCACAAAACGAAUCAGCCACUCUUCCCCCAGGACCGGGCGUGGCUGUAGAUGCGUGA